UUAUUAUACAGUAUUUUGAAUGAAUCAUAUAGUUUAAUUGUUUUGUUGUCUUCCAAAAGAAGAGUCAUUGCUUGUUUUUUGGAGUUUUUGUUGAGUUUGUGUUGUCUUUUAUUGCAGCAAAGACAAGAAGAAAACAAGUAUGGAAGCAAAAGGUGGUGGAGAAGUUAGAAGGCUUCACAUAAUCUAUUUUCUUAGUCAUACAGGUGGUCAUGCAGAACAUCCUCAUCUCAUUCGAGUUCUUCAUCUCGCUCGAAAUGGUGUUUUUCUCCGAGAUAUUAAGAGGUGGCUAGGUGAAUUGAGGGGAAAGGACUUACCUGAAUCAUAUGCUUGGUCCUACAAAAGGAGGUACAAGAGUGGAUAUGUGUGGCAGGAUUUAAUGGAUGACGACCUCAUAACCCCCAUUUCUGAUAAUGAAUACGUCCUCAAAGGAUCACAAAUCCACACUACCCCUUUUGAAGCUCUUUCAAUAAACUCAAUCAAUGAAAAGAAGAAUGAUGCUGAUAUAGCUGUACAAGUUGAAGAGGACAAACAAAAGCAGCAAAAGAAACCAUCUUUGUCGGAAGAAGAAUCUGAAAUUCAGCAAGAAACUGAUACAAGAAAGAAUAAUCUAAAUCAUGUGUCAUCAGAAAUAAGUCAGGACUCAUUGGUUUUCAGCUCGGACAGGUCGUCGAUGACCGACGAUGAUUCGUCUUCUAAAGUUGAAGAAGAGAAGCUUUUAGGGAAUGGUAAAGAAAGUAGUUUGAGUGAAAAGAAUCAUGACAAGUUUGAGAGUUUCACAUUUCCUUCUUUGUAUCAUAAUUUGAUGAGUAAGAAGGGUAAAAAAGAUGGACAUAAUAACAAAACUGAUACUACUACUACUACACCUCCUGAUUCGACUUUGUCUACUCCAACUUCGUCGACGUCGUCUCAAUCGUCUUUUACUAGGAUCAGAAGUAAUUCUACUAGAGUUUCUAGUGUGUUCAGAAAUUUGAUUGGUUGUGGAACUGUGGCAACAAAUGAUGCUGCUUUUGCUCCGAAAAUUCUCCCUAAAGAAACUAACAAUGUGCUUGGAAAAAGGGGUGAGAUUUGUAGAGGAGACAAAUUGGGAGGAUCAGCUAGAUGUUUUAGUACUCCUUGGAAUUGCUAUGAUCAUAAUGGCCAUUAUGAAGCCAGAAAAAGCUGUGAUGGAGGGGAAAUAAGCAAGGGCAGGAAAAAGCUAAGCGAGCUAAUGAGUCAAACUUCUCAUAAACCAUUUGGGGGACCAGUUUGCUCGCAAUGUGGGAAAUCAUUCAAGCCUGAGAAAAUGCACAAACACAUGAAGUCUUGUAAAGGAAUGAAAGGCAUGGGAACUUCAACUGUUGCUGAAGAAACACAACAUAAGAGAUCAACUUCAUCUUGUAAAGAUUACCUUUUGCAAAAUUAAAUAUGGAUUAUUCCUUUUGACUUCACACUAGAAGAAGUACUUGGUUUUUAAGUUUUGAUGUAACUUCUCACUUUGUUUCUUGACCAUAUAAAUACAGUCAAAUUAUCAGUG